CAGCAGUCCACUUGACACCUCGCCUUGACACAAGCUAGCGAGCAGCAUGUCGGAGAAGGAGCUGGGGAAGAAGUGGGACCGGUGCCUGGCAGACGGUGCCAUCAAGAUCGGCACUGGACUGGGGUUAGGACUCGUGUUUUCUGUUCUGUUCUUUAAACGGCACACAUGGCCGAUUUCCUUCGGCUCAGGGGCGGGGCUUGGCAUGGCAUAUACCAACUGUCAAAAUGACCUCAGGUCACAUUAUGUGCUGCACAGAAGAGAAAAGGAGCAAUAACUGCAAGUCAACGAAGGACUGUCUUUUUUAUUUUUUUGAAUUUGUUCUUUUUGUUUUGAUUAUGGGAGAGUGGCCAUUUGCACUGUUCCACAGUUAGAUGAAUGUCUCUCUGUUGAUCGGUCCAUCCCUAGAAUGACUCAGUAUGAUUUGUUUGUGCCUAAUCAGGACAGUCUGUGUUUAUUUAAUAAAACAAUUAUAACAGCAAAAAAUGA